AUGCCCCGUAAAAGUACUCGACUUAAGACGGUAACAGAGAAGGCCGUGGCCACUGUCACUGAUUCACGAAGCGGAAGGAAGCGGAAAAGUGCAGCUACCGCUACUAAAGUGUCCGUUCAAGUCUCCAGCUCCAGCACAUUGUCCAAGUCGAAAAAGACCAAAACUUCCACGGACAAUAAGAGCGCAUGGGGGGCAUUAUUCUCAAGCAAGACUCAAGAGCGUCCUUAUCCAUUGGCGGCAGAGCCAAUUUCCGCCGAAUUUCAAGCCCGAAUUGACGCUUAUCCAUGCUUUAAAGACGUUUCAAAACGCUGUGCAGAUAACAUUACUACAAAAAUUGUCGCUUGGAAUGUGAAUGGAUUACGAGCUGUUUUGAAGCGAGAUGAAAGUGUCCACCUUCGUGCUUACAUCGCUCAAGAAGACCCUGAUAUUUUCUGUCUUAGUGAGACGAAAAUAUGCGCUGAUGAGCUUCGAAAACUUGAGAAUUUCUUGCCACAGUAUGAAUAUCAGUAUUGGUCAUGCGCAGUGAAAAAAGGGUACGCUAGCACAGCAAUUUUUAGCAAGACCAAGCCACUGAGCGUGAAAGACGAGAUUGUUCUGGGCGACCAUGAGUCAAAAGGAGUACCAAAGGCUAAUAAUGGAAAAGAUCAAGAAGGACGGUUUUUGGCGUUAGAGUAUAGCAAGUUUUGGCUUGUACAUACUUACGUGCCGAAUGCAGGCGGUAAGUUAGAGCGAUUAGAUUUCCGAACGAACCAGUGGGACAAGGCUAUGUUACGAGAAAUGAAAGAGAUGGAGAAGUCAAAGCCAGUAAUUUGGUGUGGAGAUCUGAAUGUCGCUCAUCAAGAGAUUGACAUUCACGAUCCUAAAGGAAAUCGCAAGAGUGCAGGCUUUACAGAUGAAGAGAGGGAGAGCUUUGGCAAAAUAUUGGAGAAUGGAUUUAUUGACACAUUCAGACAUUUGAACCCUGAUAAGGUAGAGUAUUCAUACUUUGGAUAUCGCCACAAUAUGCGUAUGAAGAAUAAAGGAUGGCGGCUAGACUAUUUUGUAGUCUCAAAGGCCUUAAUGUCAAAUGUGCGCUCGUCUUACAUCCGGCAGAGUGUCAUUGGAAGUGAUCAUUUGCCUAUUGGUUUAGAGCUUGAAGGCGGUUGGUGGGCUAAAACCAAGAACUGGCAGCGUAAGACGAGCGUGGCGCUUGUUGCGAUGGCAGCCGUCGCAGGGCCAAUUGCGCUUUACUCGAACUCGAAUCACAUCAAAUUUCCAGCAGAGGAGCGCCGCAAGCUUUAA